UCAAACACUCUCUUCCCCACAGCACAACACAACACUCAACAACCAAAACAAGUCUCUUUCAAGCAAAGCCUCUCUUUCCAAUCUCUCCAAAAAUGGCUUCUCUUUACUAUCUCACCACCAUCCUCACUUCACUCCUCCUUUUACUUUCUACCCUACCCAAUCCUUCCUCCGCCACAUCACGCAAGCUCGCAGCUCUGGUUAAGCAACAACCUCUCGUACUUAAAUACCACAACGGCCCACUUCUCAAAGGCAAUCUCACUCUCAACCUCCUCUGGUACGGCCAUUUCUCCCCAUCCCAGCGCUCCAUAAUUGUCGAUUUCGUCCAAUCCUUGAACUCCCCCAAUACGCCGCCGCCCUCCGCUGGAUCCUGGUGGCAAACCACCGAGAAGUACAAAGCCGGCGCCUCCACUCUCGUCCUCGGCACCCAAAUCCUCGACGAGAAUUACUCGCUUGGGAAAUCACUGACAACCUCUCAAAUCAGUGAUUUGGCCUCCAAAGCACCGCAUGUGAAUUCUAUCAAUGUGGUUUUGACAGCGGCCGAUGUAGCCGUUGAUGGAUUCUGCAUGAGCCGAUGCGGGACUCACGGGUCGGGUUUUUCUAACCCGAAGGACAAGCAGGGCAAAUUUGCUUAUGCAUGGGUGGGUAACCCGGUGAGUCAGUGCCCGGGUCAGUGUGCCUGGCCAUUCCACCAACCCAUAUUUGGACCCCAGACUCCGCCGUUGGUGGCUCCGAACGCUGAUGUGGGGGUUGACGGAAUGGUGAUCAACUUGGCGACGGUUUUGGCUGGUACGGUGACGAAUCCUUUUGGCGAUGGCUACUUCCAGGGGCCUGCGACAGCGCCGUUGGAGGCCGUGACGGCGUGCACUGGCAUAUUCGGGUCAGGAGCGUACCCGGGAUAUGCCGGGUCGGUUUUGAUGGACAAGGCUACGGGUGCGAGCUAUAAUGCGAAUGGAGUAAACGGGCGUAGAUACCUGCUGCCGGCUAUGUGGGAUCCACAGACCUCCACCUGCAAGACACUCGUGUGAACACAAUGCAUUUGCUUGGAUCUGAUGGACAUUUUUUGAUUUGAUUAUUAGUGUGUGAAUAUAUACUUAUAAAUUAUAUAAUAUGGUUCUAUAGUAGUUUGCAAAAGCACUUUGUUAAUUCGAAGAAAGAAAACAAAAUUUAUUAACGGUUCAACUCUCGAUCGUAUGAAAGUUAUUUAUUUAUUUAUUUAUUUAAAUAUUACUUGGA